AUGCUCAACCGCGAGGCACUCCUCUUCUCGCCGACGCGCGAGGGCGUGCCCUCGAGCGACGACUUUGUUGCGGACGACUUGAUCGGCGCGCAGGAGGCCUUGGAGGCGGAAGCGCGGGAGAUCAUGCCGUACAAGUUCGACGCCUGCACCUACGACCUCGGCUACAUCAAGCAGCCGCUCUUCGCCUGCAAAACUUGCCUCAACGACCGAGCAGUCUGCGCAGCGUGCUCCAUCGCAUGCCAUGGCGACCACUCUCUCGUCGAACUCUUCAACCGCCGCGACUUUCGCUGCGACUGCGGCACAGAGGCGAUGGGAGCGGGCUCCUUCUGCUCCAUCUCGCACCGGAACGACGCACCAGCCAAUACUCGCAACCGAUACGACAAAAACUUCAAGGGCGUCUUCUGCUUCUGCGGCAGACCUUACGACCCCCACACUGAAGUCGAGGACAUGCUGCAGUGCUUGGUCUGCGAAGACUGGCUGCACGAGUCCUGCGUCUUUGGCACGUCCGACUCCGAGCCGCCGCUCCCGCAGGACGAGUUUGACACGAUGGUGUGCCAGCGGUGUAUGCGCGGGAACAGCGAGGUCAGGCGGAUACUCGAGCGGUAUGCAGGUGUGAAAGGAACGGGCGUCAUGCUCGUCGCGCCUGAUGGGACGGUAACGGGGCGACUUGCGUCAGACUCGAAGGUGGCCGAGGCUGAUGAGGCCGAAGGAGACGCUGUGGACGGCCAGGCGAACGCCAAUGACGAGCCAGCUGCUGAGAAGCGGAGGGCAGAUGCCGAUGACGGCGUGGAGGAGCGGCCAGCGAAGAAGGCCAAGGUCGACUCUUCGCCUCAGCCCGCUUCGAAUCCCAAACAAGCUCGUCCCGAUCCGGCGACAUCUGACGCGCACGAGUCGUCGGUUCGCCAGACGACCGAAAUGCCGCCUGCGAGCGCCCAGCCCAGCGAGUGUCAAGCGCCUCCCCUCGUCCCGCCAGGAGAAACGCCGCUCGCCAAACUCGAAGCAGCCGGCGGUCGCUCAAACGUCUUUCUCGCCGACAAUUUCACGUCGACCUGGUGCCGGUGCCGACAGUGCCUACCCUCCUUCGUCAACUUCCCCUACUUGCUCGACGAAGAGGACGUAUACGAGCCGCCUGAAGAUCCGGACGCUCAGAAAUCCACGUUCGACCUCGGAAUGGACCACCUCCUCAACCGCAUGCCUCGCGGCCAGGCCAUCGACUCGAUUCAGGCUUUCACGACACUCAGUGACCGCCUGAAGGAAUACCUCCGCCCUCUCGCCACGUCUGGUACGACCAUCACCAAGGACCACAUCGAGGGCUUUUUCGAGGCGGAGCGGGAGCGCCGUCAGGCUUGA